AUGGAAUUUCGAAUAUUCUGCCCACGAUCGAGUGAUUUAUUUGGAUUACCCUUGUUUGCGAAGGUAUACUCGUUACUCCAACGCCAAAAACUCCACGGCCAAAAAGCUUUGCGUACUCCACCAGAAUUUUUUAUGGCUAAAGAGAAUGCUUUGGAAUCAGCUAAUCGUGUCGUUGGUGGUGAUGCUCCAAUACGUCCACCAAACAAAGGAUGUGGAUGCAGCACUUCCCCUGUAGGACAUCCAGGACCUAAACCCAGUUCAAGCCCGCCAUUAUUGCUCUUUUUAUUAACAGCGCAAGAUUUAGAAAAUCAAGGACUGAAUGAUUAUCCCAUUAGUUAUUAUAUAAGUCAAAAUUAUAGAGAUGGAGACCAUAUAUCAAGCAGUUCAAGUAAUGGGAGGUCUAGCGGCCGGUCAAAUUCAGACGGUAGUAGCUCCUCUUCUAGCAGUGACAGCAGCGCAGGAGCUGGUAGUCAGUCUAGACCAGUAGGUCAACCAGGAUCACCCUCAGCAGGCAGUUGGGGUACCGGAUGCUCAGGCGGCCAAUCAAGCUCAAGUAGCACUGGCUCCUCUUCUAACAGUGGCAGCAAUGCAGGUGCUGGCAGUCAAUCUGGAUCAUCAAGUCAACCAGGACCAUCUGUUCAACCAGGAUCAUCCUCAGCAGGCAGUUGGGGUACUGGAAGCUCAGGCGGCCAAUCAAGUUCAAGCGGCACUGGCUCCUCUUCUAAUAGUGGCAGCAAUGCAGGUGCUGGCAGUCAAUCUGGCUCAUCAGGUCAACCAGGGCCGUCUGGUCAACCAGGACCAUCUGGACAACCAGGACCAUCUGGUCAACCAGGAUCAUCAGGUCAACCAGGACCAUCAGGUCAACCCGGAUCAUCAGGUCAACCAGGAUCAUCAGGUCAACCAGGAUCAUCAGGUCAACCAGGAUCAUCAGGUCAACCAGGACCAUCAGGUCAACUAGGACCAUUAGGUCAACUAGGAUCAUCAGGUCAACCAGGAUCACCCUCAGCAGGCAGUUGGGGUACCGGAAACUCAGGUGGCCAAUCAAGUUCAAGCGGCACUGGCUCCUCUUCUAAUAGUGGCAGCAAUGCAGGUGCUGGCAGUCAAUCUAGCUCAUCAGGUCAACCAGGGCCGUCUGGUCAACCAGGACUAUCUGGUCAACCAGGACCAUCAGGUCAACCAGGACCAUCAGGUCAACCAGGACCAUCAGGUCAACUAGGACCAUCAGGUCAACCAGGAUCAUCAGGUCAACCAGUAUCACCCUCAGCAGGCAGUUGGGGUACCGGAAGCUCAAGUGGCCAAUCAAGUUCAAGCGACACUGGCUCCUCUUCUAAUAGUGGCAGCAAUGCAGGUGCUGGCAGUCAAUCUGGAUCAUCAGGUCAACCAGGACCAUCAAGUCAACCAGGAUCAUCAGGUCACCCAGGAUCAUCAGGUCAACCAGGAUCAUCAGGUCACCCAGGAUCAUCAGGUCAACCAGGAUCAUCAGGUCAACCAGGAUCAUCAGGUCAAACAGGAUCAUCAGGUCAACCAGAAUCAUCAGGUCAACCAGGACCAUCAGGUCAACCAGGAUCAUCAGGUCAACCAGGAUCACCAGGUCACCCAGGAUCAUCAGGUCAACCAGGAUCAUCCGGUCAACCAGGACCUUCUGGUCAAUCAGGAUCAUCAGGUCAACCAGGACCAUCAGGUCAACCAGGAUCAUCAGGUCAACCAGGAUCAUCAGGUCAACCAGGAUCAUCAGGUCAAACAGGAUCAUCAGGUCAACCAGGAUCAUCAGGUCAACCAGGACCAUCAGGUCAACCAGGAUCAUCAGGUCAACCAGGAUCAUCAGGUCAACCAGGAUCAUCAGGUCAAACAGGAUCAUCAGGUCAACCAGGAUCAUCAGGUCAACCAGGACCAUCAGGUCAACCAGGAUCAUCAGGUCAACCAGGAUCAUCAGGUCAAACAGGAUCAUCAGGUCAACCAGGAUCAUCAGGUCACCCAGGAUCAUCAGGUCAACCAGGACCAUCAGGUCAUCCAGGAUCAUCAGGUCAACCAGGAUCAUCAGGUCAACCAGGAUCAUCAGGUCAAACAGGAUCAUCAGGUCAACCAGGAUCAUCAGGUCAACCAGGACCAUCAGGUCAACCAGGAUCAUCAGGUCAACCAGGUUCAUCAGGUCACCCAGGAUCAUCAGGUCAACCAGAAUCAUCAGGUCAACCAGGAUCAUCAGGUCAACCAGGAUCACCCUCAGCAGGCAGUUGGGGUACCGGAAACUCAGGUGGCCAAUCAAGUUCAAGCGGCACUGGCUCCUCUUCUAAUAGUGGCAGCAAUUCAGGUGCUGGCAGUCAAUCUAGCUCAUCAGGUCAACCAGGACCAUCAGGUCAACCAGGACCAUCAGGUCAAACAGGAUCAUCAGGUCAACCAGGACCAUCUGGUCAAUCAGGAUCAUCAGGUCAACCAGGACCAUCAGGUCAACCAGGAUCAUCAGGUCAACCAGGAUCAUCAGGUCACCCAGGAUCAUCAGGUCAACCAGGAUCAUCAGGUCAACCAGGAUCAUCAGGUCAAACAGGAUCAUCAGGUCAACCAGGAUCAUCAGGUCAACCAGGAUCACCCUCAGCAGGCAGUUGGGGUACCGGAAGCUCAAGUGGCCAAUCAAGUUCAAGCGGUACUGGCUCCUCUUCUAACAGUGGCAGCAAUGCAGGUGCUGGCAGUCAAUCUGGCCCAUCAGGUCAACCAGGGCCGUCUGGUCAACCAGGACCAUCUGGACAACCAGGACCAUCUGGUCAACCAGGACCAUCAGGUAAACCAGGAUCAUCAGGUCAACCAGGAUCAUCAGGUCAACCAGGAUCAUCAGGUCAAACAGGAUCAUCAGGUCAACCAGGAUCAUCAGGUCAACCAGGACCAUCAGGUCAACCAGGAUCAUCAGGUCAACCAGGAUCAUCAGGUCAACCAGGAUCAUCAGGUCAAACAGGAUCAUCAGGUCAACCAGGAUCAUCAGGUCAACCAGGACCAUCAGGUCAACCAGGAUCAUCAGGUCAACCAGGAUCACCCUCAGCAGGCAGUUGGGGUACCGGAAACUCAGGUGGCCAAUCAAGUUCAAGCGGCACUGGCUCCUCUUCUAAUAGUGGCAGCAAUUCAGGUGCUGGCAGUCAAUCUAGCUCAUCAGGUCAACCAGGACCAUCAGGUCAACCAGGACCAUCAGGUCAAACAGGAUCAUCAGGUCAACCAGGACCAUCUGGUCAAUCAGGAUCAUCAGGUCAACCAGGACCAUCAGGUCAACCAGGAUCAUCAGGUCAACCAGGAUCAUCAGGUCACCCAGGAUCAUCAGGUCAACCAGGAUCAUCAGGUCAACCAGGAUCAUCAGGUCAAACAGGAUCAUCAGGUCAACCAGGAUCAUCAGGUCAACCAGGAUCACCCUCAGCAGGCAGUUGGGGUACCGGAAGCUCAAGUGGCCAAUCAAGUUCAAGCGGUACUGGCUCCUCUUCUAACAGUGGCAGCAAUGCAGGUGCUGGCAGUCAAUCUGGCCCAUCAGGUCAACCAGGGCCGUCUGGUCAACCAGGACCAUCUGGACAACCAGGACCAUCUGGUCAACCAGGACCAUCAGGUCAACCAGGAUCAUCAGGUCAACCAGGAUCAUCAGAUCAAUCAGGAUCAUCAGGUCAACCAGGAUCACCCUCAGCAGGCAGUUGGGGUACCGGAAACUCAGGUGGCCAAUCAAGUUCAAGCGGCAAUGGCUCCUCUUCUAAUAGUGGCAGCAAUGCAGGUGCUGGCAGUCAAUCUGGUUCAUCAGGUCAACCAGGAUUAUCCUCAACAGGCAGUUGGGGUACCGGAAGCUCAGGCGGCCAUUCAAGUUCAAGCGGGACUGGCUCCUCUUCUAACAAGGGCAGCCACGCAGAAGCGAGUAAUCAAUUAGGAGAGCUUGGUCAUGGUGAACACCUUAAACACCAUCUGAAACAUAAUCACGAAGCCAUUCCUUUGCACCACUUGAAACAUCUACCUGGAAGCCUUCCUAUACAUGAUUUGAAAAAUAUUCCCGUUUCCACUUCUGGACACCAAUUAGGACACAUCUUAAAACACCUUCCUAUUGGCCGUCCCAAUACAUUUCCUUCCCAUCGUCACGGAAAGGGUGGAUCGCAAAAAGAAGGAAAAGAGUCAGGUUCAAAGAGCAGUGGCAGCAACGCAGGAAAUGGUAGUCAAUCUGGACCAGUAGGUACACCAGGAUCACCCCCAUUAGGUAGUUGGGAUUCAGGAAACUCAGGCAGCAGGGGUACUGGAAGCUCAGGUAGCCACUCAAGCUCGCACGGCAGUGGGUCCACUUCUAACAGUGGCAGCAACGCAGGAGCUAGUAGUCAAGCAGGAUCAUCAGGUCAUCAAGGAGGCUCGUCAGGCAGUAGCGGUACGGGAAGCUCAAGUAGCCAUUCAGGCUCGAAGGGCGGCGGCUCCCACUCUAGCAGUGGCAGCAACGCAGGAGCUGGCAGUCAAGCAGGAUCAUCAGGUUAUCAAGGAGGUUUGUCAGGCAGUCAUGGUACUGGAAGCACAGGUAGCCAUUCAGGCUCGAAGGGCGAUGGCUCCCAUUCUAACAGUGGCAGCAACGCAGGAGCUGGUAGUCAAGCAGGAUCAUCAGGUCAUCAAGGAGGUUCGUCAGGCAGUAGCGGUACUGGAAGCUCAGGUAGCCAUUCAGGCUCGAAGGGCGGCGGCUCCCACUCUAGCAGUGGCAGCAACGCAGGAGCUGGUAGUCAAACAGGAUCAUCAGGUCAUCAAGGAGGCUCGUCAGGCAGUAGCGGUACUGGAAGCUCAAGUAGCCAUUCAGGCUCGAAGGGCGGCGGCUCCCACUCUAGCAGUGGCAGCAACGCAGGAGCUGGUAGUCAAACAGGAUCAUCAGGUCAUCAAGGAGGCUCGUCAGGCAGUAGCGGUACUGGAAGCUCAAGUAGCCAUUCAGGCUCGAAGGGCGGCGGCUCCCACUCUAGCAGUGGCAGCAACGCAGGAGCUGGCAGUCAAACAGGAUCAUUAGGUCAUCAAGGAGGCUCGUCAGGCAGUCAUGGUACUGGAAGCACAGGUAGCCACUCAGGCUCGAAGGGCGAUGGCUCCCAUUCUAACAGUGACAGCAACGCAGGAGCUGGUAGUCAAGCAGGAUCAUCAGGUCAUCAAGGAGGCUCGUCAGGCAGUAGCGGUACUGGAAACUCAGGUAGCCAUUCAGGCUCGAAGGGCGGCGGCUCCCACUCUAGCAGUGGCAGCAACGCAGGAGCUGGUAGUCAAGCAGGAUCAUCAGGUCAUCAAGGAGGUUCGUCAGGCAGUAGCGGUACUGGAAGCUCAGGUAGCCAUUCUGGCUCGAAGGGCGGCGGCUCCCACUCUAGCAGUGGCAGCAACGCAGGAGCUGGUAGUCAAACAGGAUCAUCAGGUCAUCAAGGAGGCUCGUCAGGCAGUAGCGGUACUGGAAGCUCAAGUAGCCAUUCAGGCUCGAAGGGCGGCGGCUCCCACUCUAGCAGUGGCAGCAACGCCGGAGCUGGUAGUCAAACAGGAUCAUCAGGUCAUCAAGGAGGCUCGUCAGGCAGUAGCGGUACUGGAAGCUCAAGUAGCCAUUCAGGCUCGAAGGGCGGCGGCUCCCACUCUAGCAGUGGCAGCAACGCAGGAGCUGGCAGUCAAACAGGAUCAUUAGGUCAUCAAGGAGGCUCGUCAGGCAGUCAUGGUACUGGAAGCACAGGUAGCCACUCAGGCUCGAAGGGCGAUGGCUCCCAUUCUAACAGUGGCAGCAACGCAGGAGCUGGUAGUCAAGCAGGAUCAUCAGGUCAUCAAGGAGGCUCGUCAGGCAGUAGCGGUACUGGAAACUCAGGUAGCCAUUCAGGCUCGAAGGGCGGCGGCUCCCACUCUAGCAGUGGCAGCAACGCAGGAGCUGGCAGUCAAGCAGGAUCAUCAGGUCAUCAAGGAGGCUCGUCAGGCAGUCAUGGUACUGGAAGCACAGGUAGCCACUCAGGCUUGAAGGGCGAUGGCUCCCACUCUAACAGUGGCAGCAACGCAGGAGCUGGCAGUCAAGCAGGAUUAUCAGGUCAUCAAGGAGGCUCGUCAGGCAGUAGCGGUACUGGAAGCUCAGGUAGCCAUUCUGGCUCGAAGGGCGGCGGCUCCCACUCUAGCAGUGGCAGCAACGCAGGAGCUGGUAGUCAAGCAGGAUCAUCAGGUCAUCAAGGAGGCUCGUCAGGCAGUAGCGGUACUGGAAGCUCAAGUAGCCAUUCAGGCUCGAAGGGCGGCGGCUCCCACUCUAGCAGUGGCAGCAACGCAGGAGCUGGCAGUCAAACAGGAUCAUUAGGUCAUCAAGGAGGCUCGUCAGGCAGUCAUGGUACUGGAAGCACAGGUAGCCACUCAGGCUCGAAAGGCGAUGGCUCCCAUUCUAACAGUGGCAGCAACGCAGGAGCUGGUAGUCAAGCAGGAUCAUCAGGUCAUCAAGGAGGCUCGUCAGGCAGUAGCGGUACUGGAAACUCAGGUAGCCAUUCAGGCUCGAAGGGCGGCGGCUCCCACUCUAGCAGUGGCAGCAACGCAGGAGCUGGCAGUCAAGCAGGAUCAUCAGGUCAUCAAGGAGGCUCGUCAGGCAGUCAUGGUACUGGAAGCACAGGUAGCCACUCAGGCUUGAAGGGCGAUGGCUCCCACUCUAACAGUGGCAGCAACGCAGGAGCUGGCAGUCAAGCAGGAUUAUCAGGGCAUCAAGGAGGCUCGUCAGGCAGUAGCGGUACUGGAAGCUCAGGUAGCCAUUCUGGCUCGAAGGGCGGCGGCUCCCACUCUAGCAGUGGCAGCAACGCAGGAGCUGGUAGUCAAACAGGAUCAUCAGGUCAUCAAGGAGGCUCGUCAGGCAGUAGCGGUACUGGAAGCUCAAGUAGCCAUUCAGGCUCGAAGGGCGGCGGCUCCCACUCUAGCAGUGGCAGCAACGCAGGAGCUGGCAGUCAAAUAGGAUCAUUAGGUCAUCAAGGAGGCUCGUCAGGCAGUCAUGGUACUGGAAGCACAGGUAGCCACUCAGGCUCGAAAGGCGAUGGCUCCCAUUCUAACAGUGGCAGCAACGCAGGAGCUGGUAGUCAAGCAGGAUCAUCAGGUCAUCAAGGAGGCUCGUCAGGCAGUAGCGGUACUGGAAACUCAGGUAGCCAUUCAGGCUCGAAGGGCGGCGGCUCCCACUCUAGCAGUGGCAGCAACGCAGGAGCUGGCAGUCAAGCAGGAUCAUCAGGUCAUCAAGGAGGCUCGUCAGGCAGUCAUGGUAUUGGAAGCACAGGUAGCCACUCAGGCUUGAAGGGCGAUGGCUCCCACUCUAACAGUGGCAGCAACGCAGGAGCUGGCAGUCAAGCAGGAUUAUCAGGUCAUCAAGGAGGCUCGUCAGGCAGUAGCGGUACUGGAAGCUCAGGUAGCCAUUCUGGCUCGAAGGGCGGCGGCUCCCACUCUAGCAGUGGCAGCAACGCAGGAGCUGGCAGUCAAGCAGGAUCAUCAGGUCAUCAAGGAGGCUCGUCAGGCAGUCAUGGUACUGGAAUCACAGGUAGCCACUCAGGCUUGAAGGGCGAUGGCUCCCACUCUAACAGUGGAAGCAACGCAGGAGCUGGUAGUCAAGCAGGAUCAUCAAGUCAUCAAGGAGGCUCGUCAGGCAAUAGUGGUACUGGAAGCUCAGGUAGCCAAUCAGGCUCGAAUGGCGGCGGCUCCCACUUUAACAGUGGCAGCAACGCUGGAGCUGGUAGUAAAGCAGGAUCAGGUCAACAAGGAGGCUCGUCAAGCAGUAGCGGUACUGGAAGCUCAGGUAGCCAAUUAAGCUCAAACGGUGGUGGCUCCUCUUCUAAAAGCGAUAGCAGUACAGGAGCUGCGUCUUCAAAUAACAAUAAUUAUGAAUCAAAUACCAGUUCAAGUUAUUCAGGAAGCGAGAAUAAUUCGCAAAGCGAGUACUAUGAAUCUUCUUCUGAU